GCGGCUGGCAGCGCGUACGCGCUCUACUUCUCAUACAUCUCCGUCACCAACCUACAGAAGUACGAGAAAAAGACGGAAAAGGCAGCCGAGUGGUCGAGCACGGCCGAGGAGCAGCUGCACAAGACAAGAACCACCCAGGGAAGUGCAGUUCUUACGAUAAUCACCUCUUUAAUCUCGAGCUCACUUCUCCUGUAUGCCAACAGUCGGGGCACCUGGUCGUCUCGAGUUCUGUUCCUCUUGAACGCCGGCAAUGUUGCCAACACGCUCUUCACGCGCGCACAUGUCAGCAACUUUUGGCACAACAAAGCAAAAGUCCCAUUCGUGGAAGGAUACAAUGACGCUAUCAGCUCGACAGACAUCAUCUUGAAAGCGCUGACCGGAUUAGCGGCGGCGUGGACGGUCAGUACGGUU